AGAUAUACAAUGAGGAGCAGCUUCUCGUUGUUUUUACAUUGUUCUUCAGUUUUUUUUUAUGUUUAUGUACGUGGGACUAUGAGAGUAUUCUGUAGGCGGUAGAGAAUCAACCGGCAUGGCGUCUACGGGUACAAAGAAAAGGGUCUGCUAUUAUUAUGAUGGUGAUGUUGGCAACUAUUACUAUGGACAAGGACAUCCCAUGAAACCGCAUAGAAUACGCAUGACACAUAAUCUCAUACUCAACUAUGGACUCUACAGAAAGAUGGAAAUCUACAGACCACACAAAGCUGUGAUGGAGGAGAUGACAAAAUACCACAGUGAUGACUAUGUCAAAUUCUUGAGAACCAUUCGACCUGAUAACAUGUCAGAAUACACUAAACAGAUGCAAAGAUUCAAUGUAGGUGAAGAUUGUCCUGUAUUUGAUGGUCUCUAUGAGUUCUGUCAGCUCUCAUCCGGUGGUUCAGUAGCGGGUGCUGUGAAGCUCAACAAACAACAGACAGACAUUGCAAUCAACUGGGGGGGUCUUCAUCAUGCAAAAAAAUCAGAAGCAUCAGGAUUUUGCUAUGUUAAUGACAUUGUAUUGGCAAUCCUUGAAUUACUCAAAUACCAUCAGAGAGUUUUGUACAUAGACAUUGAUAUUCACCAUGGUGAUGGAGUAGAAGAAGCCUUUUAUACGACAGACCGUGUUAUGACUGUGUCCUUUCACAAGUAUGGUGAAUACUUCCCUGGUACCGGAGACCUUAGGGAUAUUGGAGCAGGGAAAGGGAAGUACUAUGCAGUCAACUUUCCUCUCAGAGAUGGCAUCGAUGAUGAAUCUUAUGACAAGAUUUUCAAACCAAUCAUGUCUAAAGUAAUGGAGAUGUACCAACCCAGUGCUAUAUGCCUUCAGUGUGGAGCAGAUUCAUUAUCAGGGGACAGGCUUGGAUGCUUCAAUCUAACACUCAAAGGUCAUGCUAAGUGUGUUGAAUUCAUGAAGCAGUAUAACCUACCCCUAUUACUGAUGGGUGGGGGUGGUUACACGAUACGAAACGUUGCAAGAUGCUGGACGUAUGAGACCUCCACAGCCUUGGGAGUUGAGAUUGCUAACGAAUUGCCAUACAAUGAUUACUUUGAAUAUUUUGGACCAGACUUCAAACUUCACAUUAGCCCUUCUAACAUGACCAAUCAGAACACAGGAGAAUACCUUGAUAAAAUCAAGACUCGCCUAUAUGAGAACAUGCGUAUGAUCCCCCAUGCACCGGGUGUUCAGAUGCAACCCAUUCCAGAGGAUGCCAUCCCUGAUGAUAGCGACGCUGAAGACGAGGCAGAGAACCCAGACAAACGUAUCUCAAUCAUGGCUCAAGAUAAACGUAUCUCUCGUGAUGAUGAGUUCUCUGACAGUGAAGAUGAGGGUGAGGGCGGUAGACGCGAUCAUAGGUCACACAAAGCUAAGAGAUCCAAGACGGAAGAUGGAACAGGCAAAGAGGCUGAUAAAGAAUCAAAGUCAAGUGAUACAACAAAGGAACUAAAACCUGCUGAUCAACAAGCCAUUCCAAUGGAUACAACUCCUGCACCUCAAGCUAAGAAAAGUGAUGACAAACCAGAAUCCAGCAAACCUUCAGAAGGCAAGGCUAAACCACCUGAGAAAGACCAAGGUGAAGCUUCUCCUGCUGAUCCGAGUGUCCCUGCGCCCAAGGUGACCGCCCCCACCGAAGGAACCACCCCUGCCGUUGGUAACCUCUCAUCAGGCCCUGCCCAGCCCGCUACAGCUCCGACAGCCACCCCUGCGACAGAGAAACAAGAUUGAUGACAGGAAACAGUCAAUGAACUCUAUAAACAAACACCCACCAAUCUUGUUUCAUAUGAACUAAAAGGAAUCAUAUCAGUCAAGGAAAUGAAAGCCAUUCAUCCCUGUGUAAAUGCCAGACCUUUGAUACAUCCUCAAGCAUAUUCACAAUCAGGGCACAGUUUCAUGAAGCUAGUCUUCACUAACAAGGUAUCAUUAUCAACAGCUUUCAUAGGUACAGUCAGAGAGCAGUGCCUCUCAACCAAUCAUAAAAAGUACUCAGGACACCAUUGCAGAGAAAUUUUUAAUUAAACACACCUCAAAAGAAAUUUCAAUGCAAAUUGAAACAUUUUAGACUUGCAUUUGAUUUUUGUUUGUAAGGUGCUCUAAAGUACAACCCAUUCUGCUACUGGACCUAGUAGCAGUCAUGCCAAAUUUCAAGCUUAAGCCUGAAUUCAAGCUUUAUCAACUUAAAUUACCUAUCAAGCCUUCAUGGAACAUAUUUUUUUAAUUGAUGCUGUAAAUGUUUUUCUCAGAAGUUAUUUCACUUUUGAGUUGAAUAAAUAACUAACAUAAAUUACAUCAUCAUGACAUGUUUAACGUGAGGUUGUUAAUUUCACAUUACAUGAAUGAUUUGCAUGUAAAACUGUCAGGGUUUUUAAGCAAUGUGGUAUAUUCCACAAUCUUAUUGCCAAAAAUAGUGCAGUUUAUGUGGAAUAUGCGAUGUUCUGUAACUACACAUGUCUAUGGUGGGGAAUAGAAGAACUGUAGUGUUUUCCACAAAUUAUGUCUCUUCAAAAUACUUGUUUAAUAUCUCUGUCAAUGACUCUCAAGUGCAAAUGUGACAAUCCUUGGAUUGCAAGAAUAAAUUGGUAUCAGCUUUUAAGUGACCUUGGAUAGAAUGGAUAUAAGUAUCAAAAUGAAUGUCCUUGGCCUGUAUCAUAAAGCAUAUUGAUUUGGGGAUUUCAAGUUCAGUGUUGACCUUUUGGUGUUAGCGUGGGGUCGAUCUUUACACGAGUAUAACACCAAACAUAAAAUGAAGAUGGUCAUGAAAAGUCACUCACUAGUUGUUGAGAUGUCAAUAAUGUGAUCUGGAUCAGUUUUACAAACUCUGAGUAAGUUUCGGAGCAAGGGGAAGCAUUCCAAUUUGUGCUUCCAACACCGGACUUGAAAUCACCCAUUGUUCCUGUAGCUGCAUUUUACAAUUGAACAAUAAUCAAUGGAAUCAUUCAUAGAAUUGAGCCCUAUGAUCAAUUGAUUAGUUUUAUGUCACAGGGCCAUAGAGGCUCUUCAAUCUCUGUAUUUUAAAUACAUGAUUAGACCUGGUAGGCCUUUUGAAAGCAAAUUUUAUAGAAUUCAAAUUUACAUAGAAAUUGUCUAAAGUUAGGAAAUUUAUGAGAGUUAUGUGUUCAUAAUUUUCAUUUGCAUGGAAGUGGAAUUGUCUGCCAUAUCAGGGAGCUGUAUUGUUCAGUUUUCUUGCUAAAUUCUUUAAAAUAACAGCACACAUACAGUGCGUCUGAACCUUUCUCUACA